AUGGAAUUGGAGCAGACUAAACUAAAGAACAAAGAAAAGAUCGAAGGCCAUGAUCGUGAUAUUGCUUCUUGGAGGAAGCAAAUAGAAGAACUUCAGAAAAAGAUUCCUGAUGCAGAAAGAAGCAAAAGCCAACUCUUAGAGUUUGAUGAUGCCUUAAUGGCUAAAGAGCUAGAAUUUGGGGAAAUCGAGAAGAAGUCUGGUUCUAAGGGAGCUUCCUGGGAUGCUGCCACCGAGUCCACCAACAAGGCGAUGGAAUUGGAGCAGACUAAACUAAAGAACAAAGAAAAGAUCGAAGGCCAUGAUCGUGAUAUUGCUUCUUGGAGGAAGCAGAUAAAAGAACUUCAGGCAAAGAUUUCUGAUGCAGAGAGAAGAAAAAGCCAACUCUUAGAGUUUGAUGAUGCCUUAAUGGAUAAAGAUCUAGAAUUUGGGGAAAUCGAGAAGAAGUCUGGUUCUAAGGGAGCUUCCUGGGAUGCUGCCACCGAGUCCACCAACAAGGCGAUGGAAUUGGAGCAGACUAAACUAAAGAACAAAGAAAAGAUCGAAGGCCAUGAUCGUGAUAUUGCUUCUUGGAGGAAGCAGAUAAAAGAACUUCAGGCAAAGAUUUCUGAUGCAGAGAGAAGAAAAAGCCAACUCUUAGAGUUUGAUGAUGCCUUAAUGGAUAAAGAUCUAGAAUUCGGCAUGAAGUUCGUCGAACAGGCUCAAAAACUUGAGUCUGACCUCAAACUUCUCCAGUCGAAGGCCAAUCUUCCUUUCAGAUCAAGGCCAACCUUCCUUUCUAAUUUUUCUCCUUUCCACUUCGGAGACCACUUCCCUAAGGUCAUAUCCUUUCGAUCCAUUGGAAGGAUCACUUCCCAGACUAAGUCUUCAGGCGAAAAACUUUUGACUUUCACCGUCUUGUUAUAA